AUCUUCGACGUCACCUCAUUUAGUCUCAACGCGCCCGCCACCACCGAACCCAACCUUACCCCGUCCUCUACUCACAAUUUUGAUCCAAACAACAAUGUGGUAGAAAAAAAAGUUAUUGCUGAGAUGUUGCGCACCACUUUUGGAGGAAUCCGCAACCUAAUCGGGCGUCUCUUCGUCCACAGCAUGCCCGGGCACCGCCGGAAUCGCGACAACGGCGGCGGCGGCGGCGGCGGAAUGAUCCUCGGACCAGUAUCCUACCUCGACUGUAUCGUCUUUUGCAUCUUCCUUGCUCCACAACUGAUUUGGAAUGUCGGUCUGCUACCGACCAUCAAGUGCAUGCUGGAAGCGCUGCCUUUUGUUGUGUUCAAAAUCCCUGUCCAGUUCAUCCAUGAAAGAUGGCUCAGCAGCUCUCAUGACAAGUCACCGUUUGUUCGGAAGGCGUCGCCGUUUGAGGACUUUGUCAUCCGAUGUGUGCGGUACGCCUUUGCGAAUAUCCCGCCGAAGAUUGGACGGGUGUUUUUCUCCAAGCAGGUGGCGCUGCCGUUUUUGAAGUUCCGCAUGUUGAGACAUGGGUAUUUGAGGAGUCCUAUGCAUUGGAGGGAACAUGUCACCGCGAAUUUUAGAGGCAUAUGGGUCAUCAAAGAUCCGUUGGCAACGCCAGACUUUGUCUUGUAUUAUGCCCACGGCGGCGGUUUCUCGAUGGGCUCGGCCUACUUCUACCUCGAGUUUCUUCUGAGCUGGGCAUCGGUGUUGUCUUCGUCCGGGUUUAAGAACCCCGCCAUCUUCGCGCUGGACUAUACACUCGUUCCUGAUGCUUCAUACCCUACUCAAAUCCAAGAGGCGAUCGAGGGAUACAGAUACGUUCUCAAAGUGGCACGCGACCCAGCCAUCGUAUGCGUCAGCGGUGACUCGGCAGGCGCAACACUAAUUUUGAGCCUCUUGCUGCAUCUUAGCUGCAAAGACGCCAGCGCAAAGAGGUAUGGAGUGGGCCUGCCAAUGCCAGGUCUGGCCGUCUUGAUCUCACCAUGGACGACUCUUGUAUCCUCACGACACACCAACACGACAAGCGAUUACCUGAACGCCGAGCAGCUGAGUACGUACGGAAAGCAGUUCGCCGGCAACAAAAUGUCGUGGAGUGAUCCGCUGGUAUCACCGGGAUGCUGCAAUGACGCGGCGUGGUGGAGGCGGGCAAGUCCGUCAAAUGGUAUCUUCAUCACAUACGGGGAGGAGGAGGUGUUCUCACCCGAGAUUCAUGGUCUGAUCGCGAGGCUCAACGAAGCAGGCUUGCGGGUCGAGAGCGAAGUUGAGGAAGGCGGAAUCCACGCGUGGCCGGUGGCGUCGCUGUUUCUCUCAACUGCCCGCGAAAAGAGGUUGAAGGGGGUGAAAGGCCUAACGAUGGAGAUUAGAAAACGGCUCUCUACUUCGGAUGCGGCGAAACCAAUGUGAAGGCAAGUAGAUGUUAUUUUGUCAGAUUAGAUCAAGUUUUUGUUUGCCAUCAUGGACAUGCGGCGAAGAUGACCCCUCAGUCCUGGUUCGGGCUCGGUUUCUCCAACGCCGUGUUCUUAGUCUCUGGAAAAUCAAGGUGCUCUUGAGUAUCAUCAUGCAAAUGAGAGGUAUGUGUUCAGCCCAUAUGUGCGCCGGUGCGGACAUGCUCGAGAUUGUGCUGCUGCCGAGAUCUUACAUUCUGCAUACUUGGUCCAGUAGCUCCGUAAACAAAGCGAGGUUGGCAUGAUGCCCUUUGUGAAUCGCGUGAUGUCGAAGCGAGGUUACAGAAUCCGUUCGUUGUAGUGAAAGGCAGCGUCCAUGAUCAACUCAUCGAUUCCCAAAUGCUGAAAUGAGACAUGACCGGGUGCCGAGUUCACAAUCCAUGACCGACCGGGUCGUGUAGCUGUAUACCUCUCUAGAAAAGGACGGGGUUGCUGGGUUUGAUGUUCUCGAGGCG